AAAGAGAAGCGGGAUCUCAGCCGUGCUGCACAGACCCCAGCAAGGAGGGUGCGUGGAGACCCUUAGGCAGCCAGCGCCCUGCAGCAUAAGCCGCUGCGAUGCUCCACUCCCUUGGCGUUCACACCUUGCAACUGCUCACCCAGGCGGCCGCCUGCAUCCUCCUCUUCCCCCGCUUCCUGCUCACUGCCGUGAUGCUCUGGCUUCUGGAUUUUCUGUGCAUUAGGAAGAAGAUGCUGAUGAUGCCCACGGCUGAGGAGAUGGCCAGCGCCAGCGAAGGGCUGCCCCCCGACGACCCCCCUGUCUGCGUGUCCGACUCCAACCGCAUGUUCACGCUGGAGUCGCUGAAAGCCGUGUGGCACGGGCAGAAGCUGGACUUCUUCAAGUCGGCGCACGUGGGCUCCUUAGCCCCCAACCCCGAGGUGAUCCAGCUGGACGGGCAGAAGAAGCUCCGCAUCCUGGAUUUCGCCCGCGGCAAGAGACCCCUCAUCCUCAACUUCGGCAGCUGCACCUGACCCCCGUUCAUGGCCCGUCUGAGGUCCUUCCAGCGCCUAGCCGCGCACUUCGUGGACAUUGCCGACUUCCUGCUGGUGUACAUCGAAGAAGCACACCCCUCCGACGGCUGGGUCAGCUCAGAUGCAGCCUACAACAUCCCCAAGCACCAGUGCCUCCAGGACAGGCUGCGGGCAGCUCAGCUGAUGAGGGAAGGGGCGCCCGAUUGCCCCCUGGCCGUGGACACCAUGGACAAUGCUUCCAGCGCCGCCUACGGUGCUUACUUCGAGAGGCUCUACAUCAUCCAGGAGGAGAAGGUGAUGUACCAGGGAGGCAGAGGACCAGAGGGCUACAAGAUCUCAGAGCUGAGGAGCUGGCUAGACCAGUAUAAAACUCGUCUCCAGAGCCCCAGCACGGUGGUCAUUCAAGUGUAAAAAGGACCUGGCAAGAAGUGCAGUGGUGGGGAGGCGAGCGGAGGGCGGGAGGAGAGGUGGGGAGUGAGAAGGUUCUGCGAUGCGGAUGGCAGGAGUUGUCUUCACCCGGGGACACUCGAAGUAGGCUACUGUGUGAGCGUUCGAGCAAGAUGUGCCAUAGUCCUUUCUCUAUUCAAAUCAUGUUGAUUUGCCAGCCACGCUCUGUCAAUACUGUAUUUCCAUUUUGUGUUCUGUAAAUAACUCUUUUCCUUCCUUCCUUAUUUUUUCCCCUUUUUAUUUGAGAAGCGCUUACUAUUUUCUAAGGAGGCUCUUUUCCUACGGGAUCUGUUCCCAGCUGCGUGUGUGCGCGGGUGUGUGUCUGAAAAGUUGUGUACAAGUGCUCCGUGCUGCCUAGCAAGUGCUAACUGGGAUUUCUAGUAUUUCUUUGUGAUGACCGAUUUUGAAAUGGGUUUGUCUAAUGCCAGGAAAUCGCGUCUGAUGUUGUCAAGUACUAGAACUGCCAAUAGCCAGAGCUGAACGGAAUGUCCUAUUUAUGUGGGGGGGGUUUUGUAAGACGUUCGUUCACCUUUUUUUUUUUUUUUUCUUUUUUAAAAUAAUUUUUUAAAAUAAUAAAGGUUGAGUAAAUACACAUCUAA